AUGGCUCUAAUGAAGAAAGAGUUUGAGGCAAUGCCUAUGAAACCGGAAGCAGUGUUCAUAAAAACAGAGCCAGAGUGGGACGAGGCACCGGAUAUCCGGACAGAGGGAGAAAGAAUGGCGCUGGAGCCAGUGGUCCAUAUCAAAGUGGAGCCUCAGGAGGAUGAAGUGAAGGUCGAGUUUUUGCACGAUGAUCAGGUAAACAGAACAGGUUGGUCGUCAAGUGUCACGGGCGACCGUGAUGAGGCACCUGAACUCAAACGUGCCCUAGGCGAAGAUCAGCAUGUAAUAAAUGACCCUCUAUCAGAAAACCACACGAAAAACCCAAAGAAACGUAAACCUAGACGCAAAAUAAUCUCGUGCGACGUUUGCAAAAAACGGUUUCCAAAAACGGCGCAUUUGAAACGCCACCAAAGAAUACACACUGGUGAGAAACCAUACUCGUGUGAAGUAUGCAAAAAACAGUUCGCCCAUCUCUUCGCGUUUAACAGGCAUAGCCGCAACCACACUGGUGAAAAACCACAUACCUGUGAAAUAUGCCAUAAACAGUUUACAGAGUUGCAUAAUUUGCUAACACAUAAACGAAUACACACCGGUGAGAGGCCGUAUGUCUGUAACGUAUGCCAAAAACCUUUCAUAAAAAGCACCGAUUUAAAUAAGCAUAAAAGAGUCCACACCGGUGAGAAGCCGUUCGCUUGCGAGAUAUGUAAGAAACAGUUCUCGUCAAGCGGUAAUUUGACUAAGCACAUAAGAACGCAUACAGGAGAGAAGCGACAUUGCUGCGUGAAAUGCGAUAAGCAAUUUACGAAGAGAAUAUAUCUGGAAAAGCAUAUGCUACUACACAAUGAGGGAAAGCUAUAGCCAGGCGCAUCUGUUAGAACCUCAGCUCUAGAGAGCUGCUGACUGGAUGAUUCGGCGUCCAAGUGCG